UGAAGUUGAUAUGAUAUACAGUACCUUUUUCUUGAGGAAGAUAUGAUAUACCAUAGAAGUUAAAAUCAUGUAUGUGAGUAACCCCUUAGUUUUCAGUGUCAUCUAACAGAGAGGAGAAGAGAGUGCCUUGUAAUAAUCAUAGCAUAAAUUCAUAAAGAAGAGAGAGCAUAAUAGUGAGAGUGGGAGAUGGAUCAGCUGUUGUGGAGGGUGUUGCCUUUGCUAACAAUCCUUGUCUCCUUUGGAGUGUUCUUCUACUUGCAGGAUUCUUACACAGCACAGUUUUAUGCUCUCAUAAAGUUACCACGGGAUAAGUGCAGCCUUCUUCCCCAUCGCCACUUCUGGAUAUCCAGCAAACGCAUUGUGACCCCACAAGGGAUCAUUUCUGGUUCAGUGGAGAUAAAUGAUGGGAAAAUAAUAUCUGUUGUCGAGGGACAUGCUAACCAGGGGAAGCCUAAGCAAGAAGAAGUAAUUGAUUAUGGAGAUGCUGUUAUCAUGCCUGGCUUGAUUGAUGUGCACGUACAUCUUGAUGAGCCAGGAAGAACUGAGUGGGAAGGAUUUGAUACUGGUACCAGAGCUGCUGCUGCUGGUGGCGUAACCACAGUGGUUGACAUGCCUCUGAACAAUUAUCCUACAACCGUGUCAAAGGAAAAACUAAAACUUAAGCUUGAUGCUGCAGAGGAUAAAAUCUAUGUUGAUGUUGGAUUUUGGGGAGGCCUAAUCCCUGAAAAUGCACUUAAUACAAGUAUUCUUGAGGGGCUCUUAAGUGCUGGUGUUCUUGGUAUGAAGUCUUUUAUGUGUCCUUCAGGAAUAAAUGACUUCCCUAUGACUACUAUUGACCAUAUCAAGGCGGGAUUGCCUGUGUUAGCAAAAUAUAAAAGGCCGAUAGUUGUGCAUGCUGAGGUUCAACAAGAUUUUGAAAACCAUUUGGAGCUUAAUGAGGAUAACCUUGAUCCACGUGCUUACUUGACCUAUCUCAAUGCCAGGCCACCUUCAUGGGAGGAGGCAGCCAUUAAACAACUUGUAGGUGUUACGAAGGACACAAGAAAAGGUGGUCCUUUAGAAGGAGCUCAUGUUCACAUUGUUCACUUGUCUGAUUCAAGUGCUUCCUUGGAUCUGAUUAAGGAAGCAAAAAGUCGUGGUGACAGCAUAAGUGUUGAGACUUGUCCCCAUUACUUAGCUUUCUCAUCUGAAGAGAUACCAAAUGGAGAUACUCGUUUUAAGUGUUCCCCGCCCAUUCGUGAUGCUUAUAACAGAGAAAAAUUAUGGGGGGCUGUAUUAGAGGGACACAUUGACCUAUUAAGUUCUGAUCAUUCACCAACUGUUCCUGAACUCAAGCUUAUGGAGGAAGGUGACUUCUUAAAGGCUUGGGGGGGCAUAUCUUCUUUGCAGUUUAAUCUUCCAGUGACGUGGUCAUAUGGUAAGAAAUAUGGACUAACUCUGGAACAAUUGUCGUUAUUGUGGAGCAAGAAACCUGCAACAUUGGCGGGGUUAGAAUCAAAGGGGGCCAUUGCAGUUGGAAACCAUGCAGAUAUUGUAGUUUGGCAACCAGAGCUGGAGUUUGACCUGGAUGAUGAUUAUCCUGUUUUCAUCAAACAUUCUGAGCUCUCUGCUUACAUGGGAAGAAGGUUAUCUGGAAAAGUUUUGGAGACUUUUGUUAGAGGAAACCUUGUGUUUAAGGAUGGGAAGCAUGCUCCUGCACCGUGUGGUGUUCAAAUACUAGCCAAAUGAGUUAGUUAAAUACUGACAGGUUUCUUUCAGAUGCUAGUUACGUUGGGACCUAAAUAAGAGAUGGAAGUAGAUGCUGGCAUCGACCACUGACCUAGCAUUCUCCUUCUCAUAGACUAGUGCAUUACCAAAUGUAUUAUUAUCGUUUGAAUGUUUGGACAAUGACAUAAUGUUGUUCUUUUCUUGAAUGCGUAUGUAGGUUACAAUUGUACAAAUUCUCAAGUCCCCCUCUUCGCAUACCAUUUCAUGAAAAGAAUAUGCAUGUUUCCUAACUAAGAAACAUCAUGUUGACAUAAUCCUGAUCAAUUUGUAAGGGAAUAUAAAUAGAAGAAAAAAAAGAAACCGAAA